AACCGCACUAAUGGCUCUCUUUGUCUGUGGUCUUCCUCAGGGCCCCAUGUGUGAUUUAUUGUGGUCUGACCCAGAUGACCGUGGAGGUUGGGGUAUUUCUCCUAGAGGUGCAGGCUACACCUUUGGGCAGGACAUAUCUGAGACAUUCAACCACGCUAAUGGCCUUACGCUGGUCUCUAGAGCUCACCAGCUAGUGAUGGAGGGUUACAACUGGUGCCAUGAUCGCAACGUGGUAACGAUUUUCAGCGCACCCAACUACUGCUACCGCUGUGGGAAUCAGGCAGCCAUCAUGGAGCUCGACGACACCCUCAAGUACUCCUUCCUGCAGUUCGACCCGGCGCCACGCAGAGGAGAGCCGUGUGUGUGA